UAAUAAUAAUAAUAAUAAUAAUAAUAAUAAUAACAAUGGGGGAAUAUUGUUGAAGAGAAAUAACGAAAUGAACUUUAUUCUAAGUCCUGAAAUGCUGAUUUCAUCUAUUGGAAGUAAAAAUGGAUUUAAUAAAGGAGCGAUUUAUAAAUUUAAUAAUGGAGAAAGGAAUGAUAGUGUUAGUGAUAAUAGUGGUAAUGAAGAUGAGAGAAGUGUUGAACUGGAUGAAAAGAGGGUUCAUUAUUGUAAAUGGGAAAUGAAUUAUGAAGAAAAUAGGAAUAAUAAGAGUAAUAAGAGUAAUAAGAAUGGUAGGAAUGGUAAUAAGAACAGUAAAAAUGGUGAUGGAAAUGAGAAGAUGAUACAUUGUAAUAAAGCAUUUAAUAAUACUAAUGAUUUAACCAAUCAUAUAAUUCAAGAGCAUGUCGGGUCUGGAAAAUCGCAAUAUACAUGUUGUUGGGAAGAAUGUGAAAGAAAUCAUCGAAUUUUUAAUCAAAGACAAAAGAUAGUUCGACAUUUACAUGUUCAUACGAAGCAUAAACCGUUUGUUUGUUCAAUUUGCCAACAUCGGUUUUCAGUUGAUACAAUGUUACAACAGCAUAUGAGGAUUCAUUCGGGAGAAAAACCAUUUAAAUGUAAAAUAUGUUCAAAGACGUUUACCACGAGUUCGUCGUUAACGAUUCAUUUAAGGAUCCAUUCAGGCGAAAAACCAUUAGUUUGCAAGUAUCCAGGGUGUGGAAAAAGAUUUAGUGAGAGUUCAAAUUUGACCAAACAUAUGCGAAUUCAUGAAAAGAAGUACAAGUGCAAGAAAUGCUGUCGAAGUUUUGACCGAGAGGAGCAACUAAGAGGACACUUGAUGAGACAUGAAAAAAAGGAAGCGAAGGAAUUGAAGAUCAAGACGAUUGGAAUUGGAUUGAACAGCAAUUAACAAGGUGAUUUGUGUUGUUGUUGACAUUAGGAUAAAUUAUUAUAGAAUGUGUCACUUUUGCUUUCUUUAUUAAUUUUAAUUAUUUAUCAUUUAUUAUUAUUUAUUAUUUAAUGUUGCUCAUUCAUUAAUUUGACAUAAUUUUUUUGAUUUUGAUUUAGUAAUUUAAACAAUUAUUUUUGAGUUGGCUGAAACAUUUUGUCUUCGAGCCCAGAUAAAGCAAAGCGGUUUGUGGGUGUUAUAAAUAAAAAGUCGAGAGACAUUUCAUUGUUGCAGUUUGGAGAAGAUCAUCAAUAUAGGGUUUGGAUUAAUUGGUGCAAAGUCGGAAAUCAAAAACCGUUGGGAUCAGAGCAGACGACAAACGAGAUCCGACCAUUUCACGUGUGUAUAGAAUAAGCGCUGACCAAUCCGUCUAGCGGCCUGAACACGGACGGAGCAACG